AUGUCCUUCUUCGGAUUCGGCAAGAGCAAGGAGCCCGAGCCCACGUCGUCCUCCUCGGAGUCGUACACGUACGAGGAGCCGACUUACGACUACAGCGCGCCGGCGGUGUCCUCGUCCUACGACUCGCCGUCGUCGCACGCGCCGUCCUCGUCGCUCGGCGGCGGCGCGUCCACGGGCGCCGCGGAGAUGCAGCAGCUGCUUGUGGAGGAGCAGCAGCGCGCGCUGAUCCAGCAGGCCGUGUCCAAGAUCACGGCGCUGGCCUGGGACAAGUGCAGCGCCAGCAAGCCCGACUCGGAGCUCUCGUCCAAGGAAAAGGACUGCAUCAAGAACGUGACGCUUGCCUACCUGGACACGAGCAUGUUCGUCGUGCACCGCCUCAACAAGUCCGCCAGCGCCUAA